UUGUUUCUAUGGAGACUAGCACUACUUACAGGGUAAGUUUUUGGUUAGUAGAUUUCCUUUGAGAAUCAUCAAAAUGCAUGGAGAAGUUUCAAACGAUGUAGAGGUAGUGGUACCAGCUGCUAUGGUUUGGGAUAUCUAUGGCACCCCCCUCAAAUUAGCCAAGGUCUCCACUGAGCUACUAUCCGACGUCGUUGAAAAGAUCGAAAUUCUCAAAGGCGACGGAGGAGUUGGCACCUUGAUGAAGGCUACAUUUCCUCCAGGAAGUGGUUUUGAUUACACAAUAGAGAAAUACAAAAUUCUUGAUCAUGAGAAGCACUUGAAGGUUGCUGAGAUCAUUGAAGGAGGGCCAUUAAAGCUUGGGUUUAGCUUGUAUCGAGUGAGGAAUGAAAUAAUAGAAAAAGAUGUGAAUUCAACUAUUAUCAGAUCAUCAAUUGAGUAUGAAAUCAACGAAGAGUUCGCUGCCAAUGUUUCCUUCGCCAGUACUGCCCUUUUGGAUCUCCUUGCUAAUGCAAUUGGGAAGUAUCUUGCGGAGAAGAAAGCUGAUGACUGAUAGAGUCCAUUGAAGUUUUUUCAUUUCACCUUUUUUAGUUGCUUUUGGAAUAAGGAUUUAUACUUCACUUAAAGGGACAAAAUGCAAAAUUCAAAUAAUUCAACAUCUAGAUGGGUGUCAAUAAGGAAAUCCUAUAAAUAUAUAUACA